CUCAGUUACUACGAUUGAAAAAUACCCGACCUACAGAAAACGUCAAUAUGGGCUGCGUGUGCACUGUCCGCCAUUACCGCUCGUGAAAAGCUGGAAAGAAAUCCGUGAAUAGCUAAACAACCCAUAAUUGAAAUUUACUACACCGCAUGCCAACAUUAACCCGAUUUCUUUAUUUUUGCGAAAUACGUCUGUUUGAAAACCCACGCUAGGAACCCCUAAAUUUGUAUAACCCUAUGCUAGCGUGUACUUCAAAAGCUGUCCAACGAAGCAGAAUCAAAACAAAUCAAGUGCAUUUUUGUUAUGGAUCGAAAUCUAAAUACCUUAACUAAAGGAAACUCCCUACAGCAAAGGUAAAAUGCUGAAAACGGUAGACAAGUGUCCCGGUUUGUACUGUGGUCGAUCUUUGCUGGAGAACUCGUCGCUUAGUGAGUGCGGAGCAUGUUUACGUGGCUUCCGGGUGAACGAACAGUACCUCUGUGCUCCAUGCCAGAAUGAUCUCAGUGAACACGACUGGCUGUAUCUGGGAUUUAUGGCAAUACUUCCGUUGAUUAUUCACUGGUUUUGCAUUGAUUUGAAUGCCCAACAGCGGAAGUUCACCCGAGGUGAGCUGAUUCUUCACGCGAGCGCCUGCAUCGAAGUUCUGCUGUCUGCCUUCCUCACAAUCCUGUUUACCGAUCCGAUCGGUGCGUUGCGGAUUAAUUCCUGCGGCGUACGGAAGCUAUCCGAUUGGUACACCUUGUUUCACAAUCCGACGCCCAACUAUGAGACGACGCUGUACUGCACGCAGGAAGCGGUUUACCCCUUGCAGACUAUGAUUUUCCUUUUCUACCUGUUUUGUAUCACCUUCAUGAUGAUAAUUCGGCCGCUGCUCAACAUUAGAUUUCUUCCGUUCCGUGGAAAAAUGGCCGUCUAUUAUGCGUUAUACAUCUUUCCUAUUCUCUCGUUGCUGCAUGCAGUGGCGGGAGGUCUUAUUUAUUAUUCAUUUCCUUACCUAAGUAUUGUGAUUUCGGUUGUUUCAAACGCGUUACACUUCUCGAUUAAACUGGAUCAAACGAUGAAAUCUCUCCUGGAAACGUCCGUUACCCAGAUGCGCAAUGUGACCAUAAUUCUCGGUCAUUGGCUUCUGCUAGCGUACGGUAUUAUUUCAAUACCUUAUGAUAUUUCCUACUUUUCGCUAAUGCUCGUUCCGGUGCCAGCUCUGUUUUACAUAUUCACCGCAAAAUACACCCAUCCGGAUAAUUUUAAGUAAUGGUAAGCAAGUAAUAUACGAGAUAAUUUAUUGUAUGUGAUAAAUUGAUAGCAGCGAUACAGUUGUACAUAUCGGCAGUCA